AUGAAAUUAUAUGAUAUUAUUGAAAUCAUAAAACAUACAGAAUAAAAAGGCUAAGAAUUACUCGUAGAUGCUUUAAUAUUGGGAAUAGAAAUUGGAAGAAGGAAUAUUUCUAAUAUAAAUGAUAUCAAAGGUCUUGUAGAAUAAUUGAAGAAUUUGAAGUUAAAAAUUGAUAGUAAUUUAUUGACACCAUACAUUAGAGAUGAUAUUUAUGAUAGAAUACUCAAUUAAUAAGAAUAUGUAUUUAUUUUAAUAAUUCUUAGUUAAUUGACGUUUUACAGAGUUUCUAAAAUACUUUUAGAAAAUUAUCUUAAUAAAUAGUUUAAUGUGAACAUUGUUAAAUUUGCAAUAAAUAUGUUGAUAAAAAUAAUAGAAUUAAAACAAUCUAAAUGCAUUGUAAUCAUUUGUUUCAUAAACAAUGUGUUUUACCAAUUUUAACUUGUGAAAAUGAAAUAUUUCAUACUUAUAAAUGUCCUAUUUGUGAAACUUAAACAAUAAGUGAUGAAAUUGUGAAUUAAUUGCAAGAGAAUACUUAAGUAUAAACAUCUUGCUGUCCAACUCCAUCAUGCAAAAAUGUGUUCUUAUUUUAAGGUUAAGAAAUUUAUAGAUGUUCAAAUUGCAAAAAAANGAUACUAUAUUAUCAGUUUUACCUCGAUCAUAAUUAAUUUUGA